UGGGGGCAGGGAAGGCGAUGGGCAGCGCCGGAGCAGACGAGUCGCGGGGGGGACUGAGGGCUAGAGCGGCCAGGCGGCCCGGCGCCCGGGAGCGCGAGCGGCGGGGCCUGGCGGCGCGCGAGCAGGUUAUUUGUUUAUCUGUUUAGUGCAGCACACGGAUAAGAUCUCCCAGCUUGCAAUUCUACCCUGUCCUCUGAGUUCAGCGUCAUUUGACCUUGCUCUGGUCCCUGCAAGAUGCCAGCAGCCCUUGCAGAGAACAGCCAGGUUAUCUGUGAAGUAUGGGCAAACAAUCUGGAAGAAGAGAUGAGGAAAAUUCGAGAAAUUGUUCUAAGUUACAGCUACAUUGCAAUGGACACAGAGUUUCCCGGGGUCGUUGUAAGGCCAAUCGGUGAAUUCCGCAGUUCCAUAGACUACCAAUAUCAGCUCCUUCGCUGUAACGUUGACCUUCUCAAAAUUAUCCAGCUGGGCCUGACUUUCACAAAUGAGAAAGGAGAAUAUCCUUCUGGCAUCAACACCUGGCAGUUCAACUUCAAAUUCAACCUUACGGAGGACAUGUACUCUCAGGAUUCCAUAGACCUCCUUGCCAGCUCUGGGCUGCAGUUCCAGAAGCACGAAGAAGAAGGGAUCGAUACCCUGCAUUUUGCUGAGUUGCUGAUGACAUCUGGGGUUGUCCUUAGUGACAGUGUGAAAUGGCUGUCCUUCCACAGUGGUUAUGACUUUGGCUACAUGGUGAAGUUGUUGACAGAUUCCAGGUUACCAGAAGAGGAACAUGAAUUUUUUCAUAUCUUGAACCUUUUCUUCCCUUCUAUAUAUGAUGUAAAGUACUUAAUGAAGAGCUGCAAAAACCUCAAGGGUGGUCUUCAAGAAGUGGCAGAUCAGCUGGAUUUGCAGCGAAUUGGACGACAACACCAGGCAGGAUCAGACUCUCUUCUCACAGGAAUGGCAUUCUUCAGAAUGAAAGAGUUGUUUUUUGAGGAUACAAUUGAUGAUGCAAAGUAUUGUGGGCGGCUGUAUGGCCUUGGGACAGGAGUGGCUCAGAAACAAAAUGAAGAUGUGGACUCAGCCCAGGAGAAAAUGAGCAUUUUGGCUAUUAUCAACAACAUGCAGCCGUGAUAAGUGGUACCCCUCGGCAGAACAUAGUUACCAUAUUGGCAGCUGCUGUCCUCAACCAUUUUCCCUAAUAGUUUUUCAAACAAAAGGCAUCUACAGUAUACAGCCUGCAGUUUUGCUGAAGAGCUGCAUCUUCAUCUGAAACCCAGAAGAAGAGAAAUGACUGAAUUCCUAAUGCCAGCAUUUGUGGUUUGCCAUCUUUUUAAUAUCAAGGGCAAAAAAACCAGAACCUACUCUGUAUACCUCUGUUUUUUUUCCUCUUUAUACUGUACAGAAUCUGCAAGGAAGACUUAAUGGUAGAAUAUUCAGUAGAGCUAAGGGUCUGGAAAUCCAGUGAAAAUGGACACAGACAUCUGCUUUAUAAAGCUUCUUUUAAAACUUCUGCAUGUUGUGAGGGUGACUGCUUCACCUCAUGUUUUGCUUAUUUUAUAUUUCCCUAGUCUGUGAAAAUUGCUCCCUUUGAUCACUGCAGAGGUUUGGGAAUGGAUGACAUUAAAAACGAUCCUUGCAGCUAAAAACAUUCAGAGAUUUGCUUUAACAACAAUGGGAGUGGAUUGUUACUGGAGCUGAUUUGGUCAUCUCGCCUUAGUUUCUAAUUUUCUAUGGUUGGUACAGGUUUGACCCCUACUGAGUGUCAGCUUAGUUCUUGAGGGUAUUAAUAAAUUGCUCUGGGAACAGAUUAAAGAGGCCUAAAAGUUCACUUUUGACAAGGGACUGGACCAGUGCUCUGACUUCAGUUUUCUUCAUCUUAACCCACAAAUUUUAUUCUUGCAACACGAGCAGAUGGGUAAAUAUUUGUUCCUCUUCUCCCCACCUUCUUUUUCAGCCUCUAAUUUUACCAUAUGCUUAACAGCAGACAAAAAAAACCAACCCAGCUCCAUUUCUCUUCCUUAUGAACAUCUGAAAAGAGGAUGGAGGAUCAACUUGAGAUUCUGACUUCUUUAAAAAUGAGCUUUGUGGUUUUUUUUUUUCCCAACAGCUCCACAAUGACAUUUAUUACGAACAAAAACACCCAAACAACCAUCAAAAACUAAAACCUUUUUGCAUAGGGCAAACUUAAAUAUUUUGAAGACUUCUGUCUUGCAUUUUAAACAAGCUGAAGCGAUCCAUGAUUAGUUGAGGUUUAGAGCUGGUGUUUAAAAUGUUUUGUAAAUACUCGUUUUUAAUUUUUGUAAAAUAAAUCUUUUAAAACCA